UCACCGGCCGGACUCCAUUAGUGCUGCGGCUGAGGGCAGCUCCUGUGACAGCCCCGAGCGGCGGAUCCCCCUCCCUCCUCCCCGCUCCCCUCACCUCCUCCCGGGAGGGGGACACUCAGCUCGGCCCCCCCGGACACCAACCACGGCCGCUCCCCGUGACAGAACUCUGGCCUCCGCUUCCUCCUCCUCCGACUCGGACACCGCAUCACCUCCCCCGCGGAAGAAACCCCGAGCCUCGGCGGCGGAGGAGGCAGGAGAGCCCGGGGCUUCGGCGGCCAUCGCAGGCCAGGCGGCGCGGGGCGGCAUGCAGGCUAACGGGGCAGUGGGUGCGGGGGCUCCGGACCCGGCGGCGGCGGCAGCGAGCGGCUCCCCCUCCUGUCUGACAGCUCACAACGGGGAGGCCUCUGCCGGGGACAUCGCUCACUCCAACGGCCUCAACAGCAGCAACGGGCUCCCGGGGGCCUCCUCCGCCGAGCAGCCCGGCCUCAGGAAGAAGAAACGGCUGAGCCAGGCCGAGGAGGACGUGAUCCGCCUCAUAGGACAGCACCUCACCGGCCUGGGCCUCGACCAGACAGUUGAUCUCCUCAUGCAAGAAUCAGGAUGUCGUUUAGAGCAUCCUUCUGCUACCAAAUUCCGUAAUCAUGUCAUGGAAGGGGAGUGGGAUAAGGCUGAGAACGACCUAAACGAACUGAAGUCCUUGGUUCACUCUCCUCAUGCUAUUAUGGCAUGUCGUCCAGCUCCUGGCGUAUCAGGGAGUGAGAAUUCCUCUGCACCGUGCCCCACUGCAGACGUCAUACGGAGAAUGAAGUUCCUGCUGCUCCAACAGAAGUAUCUGGAAUAUUUGGAGGAUGGCAAGGUUCUGGAAGCACUUCAAGUAUUGCGCUGUGAACUGACUCCCCUGAAAUACAAUACAGAGAGGAUUCAUGUCCUCAGUGGGUAUUUAAUGUGUAGCCAUGCUGAGGAUCUUCGUGCAAAAGCAGAAUGGGAAGGGAAAGGAACCGCUUCACGCUCCAAACUUUUGGAUAAGCUACAAACCUACUUGCCACCAUCGGUCAUGCUGCCCCCACGACGUUUGCAGACACUGCUCCGGCAAGCUGUGGAGUUACAGCGAGACCGGUGCCUGUACCACAAUACAAAACUUGACAAUAACUUGGAUUCUGUGUCUCUGCUUAUAGAUCACGUCUGCAGCAGGAAGCAGUUUCCAUGUUUCACACAGCAGGUCCUUACAGAGCAUUGUAAUGAGGUUUGGUUCUGUAAGUUUUCAAAUGAUGGCACUAAACUAGCAACCGGAUCAAAAGACACAACUGUUAUAAUAUGGCAGGUUGAUCCAGACACAUACCAGCUUAAGUUACUUAAGACGUUAGAGGGGCAUGCAUAUGGGGUUUCGUACCUUGCCUGGAGCCCAGAUGACAAUUACCUCGUUGCAUGUGGCCCAGAUGAUUGCUCAGAGCUCUGGCUGUGGAAUGUACAAACAGGCGAGUUGAGGACAAAAAUGAGUCAGUCUCAUGAAGACAGUUUAACCAGCGUGGCUUGGAACCCAGACGGCAAACGCUUUGUUACAGGAGGACAGCGAGGGCAGUUUUACCAGUGUGAUUUAGAUGGAAAUCUACUAGACUCCUGGGAAGGUGUAAGAGUGCAGUGCCUGUGGUGCUUAAGCGAUGGAAAGACUGUCUUAGCUUCAGACACUCACCAGCGAAUUCGAGGCUAUAAUUUCGAGGACCUUACAGAUAGAAAUAUAGUGCAAGAAGACCAUCCUAUAAUGUCAUUCACAAUAUCAAGGAAUGGAAGACUAGCUUUGUUAAACGUAGCAACUCAGGGUGUUCAUUUAUGGGACUUGCAAGAUAGAGUUUUAGUGAGAAAAUAUCAAGGCGUAACUCAAGGCUUUUACACAAUACAUUCGUGUUUUGGAGGUCAUAAUGAAGACUUCAUCGCUAGUGGAAGUGAAGACCAUAAAGUGUAUGUUUGGCACAAACGCAGUGAGUUGCCCAUUGCAGAGCUGACCGGGCACACACGCACUGUAAACUGUGUGAGUUGGAACCCUCAGAUUCCCUCUCUGAUGGCCAGCGCGUCUGACGACGGUACUGUUAGAAUAUGGGGACCAGCACCUUAUGUAGACAACCAGGAGUUUGAAGAGGAAUGCAGUAGCAUGGAUAGUUGAUGGCGAUUGUGGCGCAGACGACUUCUCUAACUUAAUAUUAGUCGUAUUUUUUAAAUGGCUUGGGAUUGGUGCAAACAAACAAGAUUGAUAGCUGGACAGACGCUUGCUGAAGGAAAACACAAAAAAACAAAUUCAAGUCUGAUGCCCUUCUUGGGCCAAACAUCUGCCACCCUGCUUCAUAGUACCCAGCUCAGAUGAAGCACGUCGUUAGAAUGUUUUUGGACACCGUGUCUCCCCCCAUCGGUUGUGAAGAACUGUGCUAUAUUCAGGCUAUCCAUUGAACUCAGUAUAUUUUCCCUUCUGCCUCUUUGUCUGGCAGAAUGCCAUCCUUGUUGCUCUUCUGUGUAAUGACGUUUAAAUGCUUGUUUGGAAAAAAAAAAAUUAUUUAACAGUUUAGAAGGCUUGAUAGAGUGCUUUAGUCAGAGUAUCCGUUUAAUAGGGAAGUACUUCCUUUCUCUUGUUUCACACACAAAAAACUCUCCGCCUUAUUUAGCCUGAGAUCUUUCCAGCUUGGUUCAUGGAUAGUAGCCUUAUGGUUUUGGUUUUUGUUUUUAUUUUAUUUUUUUUUGCAGAGAACAGCAGAUCCGGUUCCAAGCAGUAAAACGAUGUUCAGGUCAAGCAAAAUAUCACAUUUGACAAUGAUAAUUAAAACAAAAAACACAAAAAAAAGUUUUUGUACUUUUCAAAAGAUAUUACAAACCCACAAGUGUGUUAUACCCCUGUAAUGGGUUUAACAGCACAAUUUUUUUUAAAUAAAUUAAGUAUUUAUAGGACUAUAUUGACUUCAUUUGUAUAAGUUUAAAAUUCAAACCAGCUAUUGUAUCUACUAUUUACACACCACAAGAGGCAUUUGUCUUGUGAACCAGCCUCGUUGCACAGACAGUCCUUGCAGGGAGGAAAUGGGAAUUUAUUUUAUUAUUAUUUUUAAUGGAUUUCCUUUGUAGAUGUCAAUUUCUUUAGCUGCUGAUUUCGAGUAAAUUGCGCCAAGCUGAGGCACAAAUUUUAAUAUCUGGCUAAAAGGUUUUCCUUAAGCCCACUUAAAAGAUGUGGUUGAAUGCAUGAUCUAAAAUCCAUGCUUUAGUUUAGUGAUGGCAGGAAUUGAUUAGACGCAUAUAGUCCAUAACCUGGCCUAAAUGUGAUAGACCAGCAGUCAAAACUAUUUCUUUCCAAAUGUUGGAAUGUGUAGUUUUACUUUUGCCUUCCAACUGUCUACUUAAACCACAAUUCCUUGCUCUACAGCUUCUGGCUUUUAAAUGCUUACUCUCCAUUUAUGUAUAAAUAUAAUAUAUAUUUUUCGGGGUUCUGUUAUACUUUUUUUUUUUUUUUCGUACACCUCAUAUACCAUACAGUAUCACUACGCCUACAGUACUUGUAGCAUGAUACACACAAUGGGAUGUCAUACUGAUCACAGCUGCUAGCGCUAAAAUUGACUCACACAUUUUGCGCUACAUUGUAGGAACUCUAAAUGCCCUGCUUACGAAAACAGUCUGACCUUUACUCCCAUUUUGUCACAAAUGUCACUUGAGGUUGUUUUGCACAAGUUAUGCUUUAAUCUCCAUCUGUUGAUGGCUGCACACCCCUGUCUUAGAAACAAAGCACUUCAUUUAAAAUAAACAUAUGGUGAUUAUCACUUAUUGUACCCUAACAUGUAGGUUCCCAUUGUUACACAUGGAUUUUUUAAUUUUAUUCAAAGGCAAGUAGAUUGUGAAUGUGCAUUAAUCGUGGUCAUCUGGGGGAUUACAUGAUGAUCAGAUAAUGUUUAAGUGGUUUGGUGUUCUUGGUUUUGGUGGUGUUCUCAAAAUGUAGAUUGUAAAUUGGAAAUGAAAAAAAAUGUAUAAAGAUGGAUUAUGGCUCUUUAACAGUACAAUAGAGAAAAGGAAUUGUGGUCAUAUCCCUCACUAUUCUAGUCCUGCAGUCAACAUUCUAGUUAGGUGAUGGCCAGUGACUGGCUAAGCAUCAUGGCAAAUGUAACCUUUCACCAUUUGCAUUGCCAAGGUUUCCCACUGCCUGUCGAGUCCUUUAAGAUUCCAUUAAAGGUUGUUAUGGUAUAUUGAGGGCUUUAAAGUAACACCCAUAUAACCUGUUGCAUAACUCGUAGACUCUUCAGUUAUCACAGAAUAGUUUUUUAGUCUUUUCUUUUAUAUGUAUACUUAUAAAAUCACCUUCUCUUACAUCCCAUUAUUUUUCAUAUAAUCUCUGGUUUAUAAAUGUUUUGUGUUGCUGUUAGUGGGUCAUAUUUAAUGGAUUCUGGGAGGGCUAGGCAGGUGAUAUUAAAUUCACUCUUGUGGGUUACCAGGACUGACACACAGUUUGUAUUAAAUAUCAUAUCCAAUCUAUGCAAUGCCCAAGGCAGCUUUGUCCUAUUUCCAGGGGCUUUGCUCUGGGACGGAUCCUAAAGCUCACCUAUUUGCCAACCUGCUGCAUAUGUGCUCUACCAAUUAAACCGUGCGUUGUCUUGAGCUGACAAUAGACUUGCGAAAAAGAUUGGUUGUAAAACAUCUUCUCCUACCUUUAAAACUAUUGUAAACUGGCUCUUGUGAAAUACUUGUAGCAAGUUGGAUGCCUGCUUUAACCCGUCCCCGUUUGGCGUAUCAAGCACAUGGUAUCAUGGAAGUGCAGACGCUAUUUCGAGUAGUGAGUUCCUGAGUGUACAAAGUGCAAACCAUUGCCUUAAAUGCUAAACUUCUAAGAUUUGUACUAACCUUUUUAUUUAUACAGCCUGAUUUAUUUUUUUUUUUUUUUUGCUACUUAUCGCCUAAAAAUAAAUUGUCAAAAUAAACAUAGAAACCCUUGAUCCUGUUAUAAAGAUAAAACUGGCUUUAUUUUCUAAUUAACGGGCUGCCCAUAAUUUCACAAUUUAGUAGGGCUGUUUUACCUGAUCUGUAUUACAGCAUCCUGCUGUCCUGAGAUCACUAGUUCAGGUAAGUAGUUUACAGAUUUCUCAUUCCAGGUGUUAUUGGACUCUAAUGUCCUGGCUUUAUAUGUACAAAUGGAAAUUCUAGAUUAUAAAGUCUGAAAAUGAAGCCUUUGGUUUUAUUUUCCUGAUCCAGUAGCUAGCUAAUAAGGCUUUGCCUUUAGUAGACCUCACUUCUUUUCCAAAACCCCAUAUUUAGUUUGUGUUGAAUACUGAAUACCUCUAAAAAUGGCUGAAAUAGUUACAUCAAUAUUGCCAGAGAGUCGUGCAAUGUGUUUAUUUGGUAUCUUUAUGCCAAAAGUUUGUAUCCCUGAAAACAAAAUUUUGGUACAUGUCCUUAACCAGUGAAAGUAGGGUCUUGUUCUACUGCUGCACUAGACAAUGGCUCUUGUGUCUUAGACGUCCCCAGCUCAGCGACUUCUUACUCAUGACCAUUCUGCUAUUCACUAUUACUCCAUCCCUUUUAUAUAUCGCCUCCUCCCCUUCCCGGCAUGGUAAGUACUCAAGAACAGUAUGUGUUGUACGAUUAUUGUGCUUUGUUUUGCGUUAGGAUGUGUUGUUCAAACCUACACAAUCUCAGCCACUCCCUUUGUUUUGUUUUUAUAGGGAGAGUAUGGGGAAUAUGAAGAGAUUUCUGUAUCUGCAUUUUUUCUAAAGCAUGAGAACCUAUCACAAGGCUUAUCCAGUAUUCACUGGAAAGUUAAAUUUGUUUUGUUUGCCUACGAUUUCUCUCCUUUGCCAGUCAUUGGUUACUUAAUCCAGGACUAAUGUUCCUUCAAAAGUAAUGAUUGAUACUGCUUUUAGAAGCCGUUUUACUUUCCCAUCAGGUAACAUCAAAUUACUAGGUUCGUCAGUCACUUUCUAUUGCUUCUGUAAUUUGCCAAAAAAAAAAUAACAACUAAACCUUUACCUUGUCCCAGGUAAUGUGGAUUAAGUGACACGAGUGGUUAAAGGCUUCUGUGCGCAUUAGCAAAAAAGUCAAUGGAACCACCUGCAUUUGGCACGUCAUGUGAUUCUGAGCCAUGUUUAAAGUCUCCACAGGAACUCCAGUAUAUUUUUAUAAACGUAAAUUUCCACGUGACACCAUCCUUUUUUAUUUUUUUUUUUUCCCCCUUAUUUAGUGUAAGUCAUUACUAAACGUGAUUUUAGAGCAUUAAUCCUAGCAGAUGCAGAAACCCUUAAUGGCAUCUCAGAAAAAAAUAGAAAAAAUAUAUUUAAGGGGUUGGGUUGAGUAUAGACCCACAAAGCAUGUGUGUUACGAACCAAGCUGUAGGGAUCAAAAAAUCCAUUUUUAUUGAUCUCAAGAUUUUUUUAAAUUGUCGAGAUUUGUAUGGAGUUGUGGUGGAACUAGUUAAACAAUUAGAGCUUUUGGUAUGUAAUGACUAUUUGCUAUGGACUGAUAUUAAAUGUUUCAAAAGAUUGCGUUCUUAAA